CCUGACAGCCCUGCCACCCGCGGCCAGAUGUUGUUGCUGCGCCGAUGGCGGUGGUUCUCGGCGGACGUGGUGACUGGCCCGGCGGAGGCGACGGCGAUGUGCCGGACGCCAAGGAGGAGGAGGACGUCGGCGUCGCGGUCCAGGAUCACGAUGAGCGUGUGCUGCGUCGGUUCAUCGGCCAGGACGACGGGGCGGCCUGCUACGGAGGGCUGCCGUGGUGGUGCACGCCGCCGGGGCAGCCGAUGGAGGAGGCCGCGGAGGCCGCGGACCGAGAGCCCGACCGCGGCGCGCCGCUGCUGGACGCCGUUGAGCCGCUGACGCCGUCCCCGGAGACCGACCCGGACAUCCUGGAGUACCCCGCGCCGGAGCAGGUGACGUCCCUGCACUGCGCCGUGUUCCGCCAGGACCAGGCCUCCGUUGACAGGCUGCUCGCCGAGGGCGCGGACCCGGACGAGCCGGACUACGCGGGGUCCGGCGACACGCCGCUCAUGCAGGCGGCCACCGCCGGCCACCUCGGCAUCGUGAGGUCCCUGUGCGCGGCCGGCUGCAGCGUGGACGCGCGCCGGGUCAACGGCCAGUCGGCGCUGAUGCUGUGCGUGGUGUCGCGCGCGUCGCGCCGCAGCCCGCGCCUCCUCAUGCAGCUGCUCGAGGCCCUGCUCGCGGCCGGCGCCGACCCCUGCGUCCGCGAGAAGCUGCGCGGCCAGACGGCGCUGCACGCCCUCGCCAAGCUGGUGGCCGCCGACCCCGCCGAGCCGCACCUGCUCACCGCCCUCCGCCUGCUCGCCCAGCGCGCCCAGCCGCACGGCGUCAACGCGCAGGACCACCGGCGGCGCACCGCGCUGCACCACCUCGCCAGCAGGGCCUGCGCCCGCCCUGAGCCGUACGAGAUCCUGCUGGAGGCGCGCGCGGACCCGGCGCUGCAGAACGCCCGCGGCGACACGCCGCUCGUCGAGUUCCUGGAGAACGCGCCGGAGCGGGCCGAGCACGGCGAGGAGGUGGUGCGGCUGCUGUGCGGCGCGGGCGUGGCGCGGCGCAACACCCAGUACGGCGAGUCGCUGCUGCACGUGGCCGCGCGCAGGAACAGACUCGCCGCCGUGCGGGCCGCGCUGGAGGCGGGCGCCGACCCCGCGCACCAGGACCUGCGCGGCAACACGGCGCUGCACCUCGCCGCCAGCCGCGGCUACAAGGAUGUGGUGGCGGAACUCCUGGCCGUGCCGGGGUGCCCCCUGAACGCGACCAACCGAGACGGCCUCACCCCGCUUCACGUGGCCGUGGAGAGCGGCUUCGUCGACGUUGUCAACACGCUGUUGGGCGCGGAGGGCGUGGACGUGGGCCCCAGCGUCCUGGAGCUGGCCCAGCAGGAGUACCGCCUGCGCGCGCAACCGCAGCUCGCCCGCACGCUGGCCUGCGAGCUGGACCGCCGCCUCAGCAUGAGCCUGUCGCCCAGCAUGGCGCCCAGCCCCGCCAGCACGCGGCCCCCGUCUACCUGCAGCCUGGCGAGCUGCGCCACCACGGCCUGUGAGUACCUCGCGUGGCACAGCGCCCGCAGAUAGGCCGCCCAUGUGACG